CACAACAUUGGAAUCUCCGAGCGAGCCUUUCUUCAACCCAGCAUAAGGUGUGGCGCUUCCUGACCCCCCCUCACCGAUGGACGGAAGAGAGACUCCAUGUUAUUGAGAUAAACCUCCCGUCCCUCUCGCUUUUCUUUUGGAAAUCGUAAGUGCUUAACGCGGCGGAAAUGCAGGGGGUCAAGAGGCUAGGGGUGCUGUACCUGGCGGCGGCCGUGGGGGUGAUUGUGGCGCAGUUCGAUUACCACAAAGAUAGCGACACCUUCGACCAGAUCGAGUCCCUCAUUAGAGAAGUUACACCGGAGAACUGCUUUAUUAUGCCAAAGAUGAAACUCUACCUGCCAGAGGACAGUGUCUCACACUUGCCAGAAAUCAAAGAAGUCAACAUCAACCCAAUAUUCCCCAAUCGGACAGCCCUGCAUCACCUCCAUAACAUGGCUCACUCCCGAGCCUUUUUCUUCUCGUACAUUCUGCAGUCGCGGUUCAAGAGGCCAGCAUUAAAUGCAUCAGAGAGCACCUCAGAGUACGAUCCAGGCUUUAUGUAUUACUUCCUGUCUACGGUGGCAGAUGUUGCAGCAAACCCAAAGAUCAAUUCCAGUGCCCUUUAUUUCCAGCCAAAUAUGGCCUACACUUCCUCAUACAAGGGCUUUUUCAACAAGACAAUGCCACUUUUUGCACCAAGAGCAUUCAGGAUAACAAUAAUAAACCGCUACCAAAUGCAUAUAGUAAAAAAGAAAAUUGGGGAGUUUUCAGACUUAAACACUGCACUCGAGGAGAAACGAGAACACUGCACAGAGGAGGCAAUACAACAAGAACUAGGUAUUUUAGAAGAUGGAAUUGUAGCUAGGACAGGCUGGGUGGGCAGUUCAAAGGAGGCUAUCGUUUGCCGGGAAGCGGGAGAAGUGAAGAAGAUUGGAAAAGAGGGAGUCUGGGAGCUAAAUAAAAGGAAAAACUAUGGAGUAUAA